AUGGCCACUCCGAUCGAGAAACAGGAGAUCGAGAAUUUUCGCAUGGCUGAACUGCUUCGAACAACAUCGAUAAACGCUUUGUGCCGCUCAUGGUUCUUAGACGAGAUCUGGGGCAUCAAAUCAGCGGCUAAUGACAUCUCUGCUUUCGAUUUCUACUUCGAGCAUUAUGAACAUCUCUGUUCAGCCGUCGAAGAGUCGCUUUUCUGGCUCACGCACAGCCAUGCUGUGUGCGCCGUUCAACGAAUGCUGACCCAGCGCCGCGGAUCUUGCGUGGAUGAGCUUCUAACAUUUGUCCCGCCAAGCACUGUCAACAAGACAUUGACCGUGGACAAAUGGAUGGCGUUUGUUGCGCACUCUUUGCUCUUCAUGGACAUAUCGAAGUGGCAACCAACGGAGACACUCCCAGAAAUGAUUGAUCGAUCGGUGGCUGUAAGAUCUGUGCAGGACGACUCCUUCCGAUUACCGAGAUCGUUCAACGCGCGGACGAUCGCAAAGGUUGCGGGUAUCAACGUUCAAUGGACCACACGGCUGACCUCUCACCUGGAGGUAUCCGGCAACGACUGUGAUGUCGCAGUGUUCCAUUGCGGAUCGGUGCUUGAGCUCUACCAGCGGUCGAAGCAUUCAACCAUCUUUCCGGACGGGUUCUUGGCUGAGACUGGCAAGACCAUGUCGUUGCUGCUACCAAAGUCAGAAACAUCUCUACGAAAAUGGCUCCUGAAUGAGAAAAGACAGCUCCGGCUUGACGGCUCGGUUCUCGCCUGCCCAUAUCUCCGAGCGUCAGAAAGGAACAUCCGUUGCUUUGACUACUACCGAGAACGCCUGAUCAUCUUGAAAGAAGUUUUCGACGAGCAUGAACCUCGUGGCAUUGGACAGUUUUGGCGCGACGACCGGAAGCCUGUACAAUGGUGGACCUUCUGGAUCGCCAUCGUCGUCUUUGUACUGACGUUGGUCGGUUGCGUUGAGGGGGCUUUGCAGGUGUACAAAGCCUAUUACCCGGAGGGUGACUCGAGUUCAGCGUUAGGAUGUAGAAGAAGAUUAUGA